AAAAUGAAUGAAAGAUACGACACAGAGGAAGAGUUGAAUAGUGUUACUCGGUGUUGAGAAGCAAAUUCUCUCAAGUUUAUAACCUCAUACUCGAACGCGAUUAAACGGGUAUAUCUUAUAGUUAUCGGACUAGUUAAGAAACUGGACGGUAAGCAUUUAGAAUGGAUACAUAGCUGGAUAUGGACAACUGAAGAAGCACAAAAACUGCUCAUGCCGCCAGAGUGAGUGCCUACUGUGGAGAGAUGAAGAAGUCCAGGAGCGGAUCAGGUCUCCAGCCUCUCAAAGCUACCGUUCCCUUCACGCUGCACAAACCAGCUGGAGCUGCCGUCACAAAUAUCGCUCCAGGUGAAAAAACCAAAUCAGAGUGGCGUUUGCAGACUCCGACUCAACACACCGUAUCUUUGGAUGCAGUUGUGCGGCCAUACUUACAAGGCCAGUGGCCCAAAGUGGAUGACAGACAUGGCAGGGAAGACAAAUCCACACAGACACCACACGCGUGGUUAGCUGGAGCUGAAACAACAGCUGUUGGAUUUCACAAGCGUUCGGCAUCAUGGGGAAAUUCAGAAUGUCUCCAGGAUGGAAGUGACGUGUUUGCAGAUUCAUCUGUUUUCAAGCUGAAACAACUGCAGCAGAAGAAAAGGUCAGGUGUUCUGGUUGGCAAUCAAGGGAAACUGCACAACCAACAUCAGUCCCCUGCUCUGUUAAUCCCAUCUGCAUCAUUGACUCGACUGCCGUCACGUUUACGUCAAAGUGAAGAGAGACUAGAUCAGGAGCUGGAGAAAGUUUUUACACAUCAUUCAACAGUUCACCACUGUGGACUAUACGAGGUCCCUGAUGGACAUAGGGCUCCUGUUGCGCACCUGAGCUCCAAGAGUGGAUUUCAGAUUGGGUCUUCCUGUGUCGCUUCACACUCUUCCUCUUCCUCUUCCAAGUCUUGCUCUCCACAGCGCCCUCUAGAGUUCGAAACUUUUGAAGAAGUGAACUCGUGUAUUGUGAUGCUGUCCUCAUCACCGCGGCCCAAUAACACCUACUGCUUUCAGAGGGAUCCUCCAGAGGGUUGUGAGAGAGUCCGAGUGUGUGAAGAGAAUGUCUUUCCAUGUUUGGACCAAGUGCACGCGUCCUCCUGUCCUGACCCCAACAAAGUGAACUUCACCACACACACAGGCUCGGCCUUCUGUCCCGUCAAUCUCCCGAAGCCCCUCCUACCUCCGGGGGACUUCCUGAUCUGCAGCCUCUCGGGGUCCUGCUGGGUGGGACAGUGAUGAGUUGAUAACAAAAGAAGAUCCGGUGAAAUCAGCAUCAGUGACUUAAUGCUGAUUCUGCUUCAGCGUCUGACCUUACUAUUAAAAAUUAUUUUUUCAUUGCUGAAGAGUGGAUAUUGUAAAAUGUACUUUAUCAUUUGAAAAGUUACUAUAAUAACAGAAUACCGCAUUUCUUUGUGGCUCAGUAAGUGUAGUGAAAAUAUCCAGCUGGAAUAUUUGAUUAAAUUUAUGGUUUAAUGCAUUUAAGACAUUUUUUUUAAAUAUAAAAUUGAAUGGUACUAUUAAGGCAAUGAAUGUAUUUUAAAUCAGCUUUUACCACCCCAAAAAAUAGAUAGGCAAAUGUAUUAUUUUUUUAACGUGUACUUUAGUUUUCAGUUUUGAUAUAGAAAAGUAUAUUGAAGAAAGUAUGCGGGUGGAUUAUUACAGUUAUAGACUAUUUAAGUAGGUAUAUUCCCGUUCUCUUUUUUUUCUCUCCCUAUAGUAGGGUGCUUUUUGUCAAAUGAAUGUUUACAUGAUAUACCUUGAACAUAUGAAUACUAUUUUUAUAUUUGUAAGAUUAGUUAAGUCUGUAUUGUUUGCACAUAUAUUUUGCUAAAGAUAAGCUAUAGAAUGUAAAUGGUGACGUCUGACUUCAAUGUAUUUCUUCGUUCAAUAUGUUAAUUGCGCACAUGAUGUUGGUUGUUAUUUUAAGCUUUGGUUGAAAUGCUUGUUCAGUUGAGUUAGCGAAAUACCUGCCUUCCCGUUGGAAAGUACACAGGGAAACUACGUGCACGUCGACGAUACAUUUUGUUUUGUUCUUUUCUUUCUAUAUAUCACUUAAAUUGGUCCAUUUCUGUCUUUUGACAACAAUAAAGUAGAAUUGAGCAAAAAUAG